AUGGCACUAUUUCAAAACCUGUCUGUAACUCCUUAUCGAACCAUUGCUUCUUACCCUUUUGCCAGUGCUGUUCCUCCGCUUGCUGAGUUGCCACCCCCUUCAAGUAACCAUCCCUUCGCCAUGUGGCUCCUUGCUGUCCUUGUCCUCCUUGCAGUCACCCUUGUUGUCCUCAAACCAGCGGCGUCCCGUCGCUUGCAGUCGCUCAACCGUAGACUCAGAUUGUCUGACGACUUAUACUUGGUCCCCCUACUGAAAUCCUUCUUCAACCACUACGUUGUCCAGUCACUGAUCACAAAACGGUUCUCCCUCUGGUACGAGUUUGAGUCAAUAGUCGAUCAUGCACCUGGAAGUAUAGCGCUUCAGUUUGUGCGUCCAAUUGGCUCCUUUAGAGAAUCAGGCGACGCUGCAUUCUCUGUGGAACGUCUCACAUACAGGGAACUCUACAAUUGCAUUCUUCGCAUGUCGUUUAUUCUAAAACAUGAAAUGGGCGUGGAGAAAGGUACCCGUGUCUCGCUGAUCUACAUGAACAAGCCACUCUUUGUCAUCAUUUGGUUUGCAUUGUGGAAUAUAGGCGCAGUUCCGGCCUUCAUCAAUUACAACUUGACUAAAAAUCCACUCCUUCACUGCAUCAAAAUCGUCAAUUCGCAAAUCCUCCUCAUUGAUGACGAUUGCAGGGAGAAUUACGAAUCAACAAGAAACGAAAUUUCCCGGGAAAUUCCCAACCUUAAAACCUUCAUAAUUGAGGAGAAAUCCACAAUGGCCCAUCUGACCAACCCAUCGAGCAAAAAGUUUCGUCAAUUGGACAAAAUCCGUGAUGCAGGUGUCCAAUACUGGGAUCCUGCUUUGCUAAUCUACACCUCCGGUACUACGGGUCUACCCAAAUCUGCCGUUAACUCUUGGAGGAAAGUCUUUAUGGCUACCCAUUUGUUCCCCCGGGUAAUGCAUAUAGACAGAAAUUCAAAUAUAUACACGGCAAUGCCAAUAUACCACGGUACUGCUUCUAUUCUAGGUGUCCUCCCGGCACUUUUCUCCGGUGGUACCAUCUCGAUUGGCCUUAAAUUCUCUGUUUCAAGUUAUUGGACCCAAGUCAAGCUGGCAAAUGCAAAUUCUAUUCAAUACGUUGGCGAAGUUUGUCGGUAUCUGGUAGAUUCCAACGAAACCUUCAAUGAACGAGAAAUGUAUGGCAAGCUAAAAUUGGCAUUUGGUAAUGGAUUGCGUCCCGAUAUAUGGAUGAAAUUAAAGGAAAGAUUUGGGAUUCCUGCAAUUGGUGAGUUCUAUGCAUCAAGUGAGGCUCCAUUUGCAACUUCUUGUUACGAAUACGACGGCCAUGGAGUAGGUGCAAUCAGAAACAACGGUUGGCUUGUCGACAAGUUUUUGUCCUUGCAAUAUACUCUUGUGAAAAUGGACCCUAAUGAUGAUACAACAAUCUACAGAAAUGCAAGAGGUUUCUGUGAGGAGCCUGGAGUUAACGAAAAGGGUGAAAUGUUAAUGCGGGUACUCAACCCUUCUAACAUUAAGGCCACAUUCCCCGGAUAUGUUAACGAUGACCACGCAACAUACUCGAAAGUUGUCCGUGAUGUCUUUCGUAAAGGUGAUGCCUAUAUCAGAUCUGACGAUUUGAUGAGGAAAGACGAUUUUGGGUGCAUCUACUUUGUCGACAGAAUGGGCGAUACCUACAGAUGGAAGUCGGAGAAUGUUAGUACAACUGAAGUGGAAAACGAAUUACUCCAUGGAGUGCCCCAUUUGAAAAACUGUGUGGUUGUUGGCUGUAGAGUUCCAAACCAUGAAGGUAGAGCAGGUUAUCUUCUUGCGCAAACCGUUGAUGACAACAGAGAUAUAAAGGAUGUGCAAACUAGGGAGAAGCUCCUACAAGAGAUAUCGACAACCUCGCAGUCACGUUUGCCGCCAUAUGCACGCCCGCUUUUCGUCACGUUCCACGUCAUCUCGUUGAACGAUAGCCACAAGAUCAGUAAGAAAGUCUUUAGAGACCCAAUUCUUCCAAGAGGUAAGGAGGGGAACAUUGACGUCUAUUUCUGGGACCCCCACUCGGGGAAGUACAUGCUUCUCACCGAGGAGAAACUCAAUGACAUCGCAAACGGGAAAAUCCGUGUCUAG